GUUGCGGGUGACAAGGGCAGAUAUGCAGGCAACAACAGCAGCAGCAGCUGGUGGCGGGAGUGGGAGAGCAGAAGGGAGUGGUGGUGGACAAGAGGCAGCAGGGGAGCAACAAGGAGGGGUGGCAACAGGUGCUGGCAGCGAUAUCAGUGACACCAGCACUGACAGCAAUGAGGCACAACAACAGCAACAACAACACAAUGGAAAUGAAGAAGACGACAAUGAGUGGGAGACGGAGUACGUGGUUGCCACGGUGCACAAUUCAAAGUAUGCUGGCCUGAAUCUUCGACCAGAGACCUUCAAAGUCGUGGGUGCGCACACAGCGCAGCCCGUGUUUCGCAUGGGAUCAGACGUGUUUGUUGGACAGUACUCAGAGGCGUUUGGGACCAACCUCAUCUUGCAAGCAACACAAGCAGAGGCAACUGGGCGGACAGAGUGGAAGUAUCUUGGGCGAGGCAUCGAGACCAUGACGCUACUGAGGGCAGAGCUGCACGAGGUGGAGGAAGAGGAAGAGGAAGAGGAAGAGGAGGGCAGCGAUGAACCAGCGCAAUCGGAAUGAUACAGCCGAUAGGACACAGCAGCCUUCUCACUUUCCCUCCACCAUCUUUAUCAUCUCUUUGCCUCUUCAGCAACAACCUGCCUUUGCUCGUGUCAUCUCAACAUCAUCUGUACACACACACACACACACACACACACAUACACACACUCUCGCUCUCUCUUUUGACUGUCUUCCCUUCCUUUUCUGAGUUAUGCUGGCCCGCCGUUACACCCCUCACUUGGCGCCUUGCUUCGAUGCUACCAAGCCCAUUGCAACUUGUCGCUCGUACACACACACACACACGCACACACACACACGCACACACACACACACGCACACACACAUCGGGGCACCUGCGAUACUUGACGUUCGCCCACGAAUGAACGCAGAACACAAG